AUGUCUAAUUAUCAAAGAAAGUCUGUUAAUAAUGUCGGUAAUAAAAAGACUAUGUCUGGAAAAAAUGAAACUAAUUCUGUUUUGAAAGCAAAAUGCAUAAAAAACCGUGGAACAAACCAUGGAGAGAAGCCAAAUCCAUCAAAUCACCAUGUAGCGCCAAUUGAAGAAGCUGAAAUUUGUCGUAAUGAAAGGAAAUACAAAACUCCUCAAAUGAAUACAAUUUUGCGCGAUGUAAAUCAAAUUGAAAAUGUGCAGUCAUUGCGCCCACCUGUAUUAAACAAAGAUAUAGAUUUAACACCACGAUCAAAGGCGGCAAUUGCACCAAAGGUUACUCAAAAGCUGAACUUUAACACAGAUCAAGUAGUAUUUAAAAAUCUUACACCAAUCAACGUUAAUGACUCGAUACUGAUUCAGAAACAAUGCAGCGCAAAUCCUAACAAAUACAAAAAAAUUAACAAAACACCUUCACCAGAUCUUUGCCACUGGCUUGAUCCUCUACCGGCAUUAAAACACACAAUACCUGAGCCAGAAAUUACCUUGGAGUUUUGUGAAAUUGAAAUUGAUCCAUUUGAAUGUUAUCUUCGGUUGUUAAAUUGAUGUUUUAUUUAUAUUAUUGCAGUAACAUAUCCAUUACAUUUUUAUCCAAUAAAAUUCAUAACUACUAAAUGUAGAAUAACGUGAGCAAAUAUAAAAUCGGCAAAACCACGCUCCGGUGAUAUACCUGCAAAUAUCGCUUUAUUUAGCGGAUUUGCCUGAAGUCGCAAACAAACGCCCAGUACGAAGCAGCUUACAGUACUUAUAAAACCGGACAGGAACGAGUUGAAGGGGAAUGUACCGACUAAACAACAAUA